UCUCGCCUGGCAGUAAGAUGGCGGCUGUCAGAAUGUAUUCUGCUCUGUUGUCGUUUUUACUUUUCAACGUCUUCUACGGCCUCGUCUCCGCCUUGUACUUCCACAUCGGGGAGACGGAAAAGAAAUGUUUCAUAGAAGAAAUCCCAGAUGAGACGAUGAUCAUCGGAAACUAUCGGACUCAGCUGUACGACAAACAGAAAGAGGAAUAUCUCCCGGCUACGCAGGGUCUGGGCAUGUUUGUGGAGGUCAAAGACCCUGACGAGAAGGUGAUUCUGUCUCGACAGUACGGCUCCGAGGGAAGGUUCACCUUCACGUCUCACACUCCCGGAGAACAUCAGAUCUGCCUUCACUCCAACUCUUCCAAGUUCUCCCUCUUUGCUGGAGGCAUGCUGAGGGUUCACCUGGACAUCCAGGUAGGCGAGCACGCCAACAACUACGCCGAGAUCGCCGCCAAAGACAAACUGACGGAGCUGCAGCUGAGAGUGAGACAGCUGGUGGAGCAAGUGGACCAGAUCCAGAAGGAGCAGAACUACCAGAGAUACCGGGAGGAGCGCUUCCGUCAGACCAGUGAGAGCACCAACCAGCGCGUCCUCUGGUGGUCCAUCGUCCAGACCCUCAUCCUGGUGGCCAUCGGCAUCUGGCAGAUGAAACACCUCAAGAGCUUCUUCGAGGCCAAGAAGCUGGUCUAAAUCCUUCACUGCGUGUAGAUGUAUGUAUGUAUGUAUGCAUGAUGCAUGUAUGUAUGAAUGCAUGAUGCAUGUGUGUAUGCAUGCAUGCAUGUGUGUAUGUAUACAUAUAUAUGUAUGUAUGUAUGUAUGUAUGUAUGUAUGUAUGUAUGUAUGUAUGUAUGUAUGUAUGUAUGUAUGUAUGUAUGUAUGUAUGUAUGCAUGCAUGCAUGCAUGCGUGUGUAUGUAUGUAUGUGUGUGCAUGUAUGCGUGUGUAUGUAUGUAUGUAUAUUUGUGUUUGCCCUAUGAAGUGAUUGAGUAGAGCACCGUGGCAGCACAUGACUUGCAGAGAAGUUACUGGAACCUUGCCGAGACGAUGACAGACAAGUGGUCAGGCGAACUAUUUAUUGACGGCUUUCGUUCUGAAGUCGAGCCGAGACGUCGUCGCCACACGUUCCGUUGUUUUAUACACCCCAGCUUUGCUCUCUGUGACGACGCGCCUGCAGUCCGCCAUCUGUUUCGAUGGCCGCUUGUCGGAAAUUGUCGUCUUAGUGACGCACGCCCCGUGGGGUUUCUUUUAAAAAAAAGAAGGAAAAAAAGACGGCAACAUGGUUUUAGCCUGUGAAAAUCACGAGAGAUUAUCUUACAGAGUGCACGUGGACUCGUUUUAAACGACUCUUUAACAAUCUAUGCAGAGUUUACGUUCAUCAGUGUGUAGAAGGGGGGUCACGUUUCUGUUACUUGUGUCCCACUUAAGAAAAUGUACAAUUUUGAAUGACGGGUUUGAAAAUAUUUUUCCAAAAACUGCACUGGCAUCAACAAUUGUCUCAUUUGUUUGUGUCCACUGUUCGCUUUAUACUUCCAUUGAAGAUUAAAAAAACUGUUUUUAACAAUGUUUUGCUUUCACUGAGCUACAAUUUGAGAAUAAAUCUGACUGUAAAGCAACUGAAAUAAUGUUCUAAUAAAGGUUACAAGAUUUCA